AACCUUCGGUGGUCCCGCUCUGUGAUGUUAUUCCAAAUCUAAGUCGAGUGUUGUCCGGUCUUACAUAAGUCUGGUCUCCCAGCUUCCCGUUUGUCUCUCUUCCACUCAAUUGUCACAAUGCCUCCAAUACCCUACCGCACCUAUGUUAGAGAUCAUCCGGGCUCUUCCAAGGAAGAAAUUGAGAAUGAGCCUGACUGGAGUACUGCCAGGCACCAUAUCGGCUACCGAGAUCGUCAUGAUCGCGUUCCUGGACUUGUGCACAGCGGUGAUGAUUCAGACAGCGAGGACAGCCAGGAAUCUUUCCUCAAGGAAGCUCAGGAGGAAUCCAAUGAGCUCAAGCACGAGCUGCAGACGCAUCAGUUGAUCAACUUUCGCGAAGCCAAAGAAAAGCAAGAAGAUUACUACCUAGAAAAACCUCAAGCACAUCCCAAUGGCUGGCGCUACCGCCUCAACGAAUCCGAGGACUUCAUUAAGAACCAACAACCAUGGCCUGCUAACCUGAAGCGUCAGAAGCAAAAGGAAGAGAAGGAGAAGGGGGAAAAAGAGAAAACAGAGCAAGAAGAGAAGCAAGAGCAAGAACACGAAUGGAAAGACGGUGAUCUCAACCGCCGGAGACACAAUGACGCAUAUGCUUCAAGUGGCGGGCAAGACCAGCCUGAUGAUUCCGACCAGAAAGAAAACAAGUCAGACGAGAAGAACAAGAGAGAUUCACAACAGGUGUCUCGGAGAGAUGGACAAGCAGAUAUCAAAGGAGACAAAAAGCCAAAAUCAGAGUACGAGAAACUCCGAGAAAAGUAUAGCGUUCAGGAGAUUGCUUUGUUGAGAAGUCUGCAACAGGAGAAGAAGAACGUCGAGAGUAUCAAGCAAAGCGAUGGCAAAAUGAAGUCACCUUGGGCAGAUCUCAAACCUACGGACGUUAUUGACGACGCCGACCGUGCGAGUCCGGACAAUUGGAUUCCUCGAAACUCGAACAUGAUACGUCUGACUGGCAAGCAUCCUUUGAACUGCGAGUAUCCUCUCGCAAGUUUGUUUGAGACCGGCUUGAUUACUCCAAAUCGUCUUCACUAUGUGAGGAACCAUGGUCCGGUACCGCACCUACUUUGGGAGACUCAUAAGCUGGACAUUGAGAACGGAAAAUGCACAUUCACCAUGGACGACAUUGCCUCGAAGUUUGGAAGCAUCAAUAUCGCAGUCGCUCUGGCUUGCGACGGCAACAGACGUAAAGAGCUCAACAUGGUCAAACGCUCCAAAGGCUUCAACUGGGGCGCCGGUGCUAUCAGCAAUGCAUUCUGGAAAGGUGCUCUUCUAGCCGAUGUCCUGCGAGCCGCUGGAGUCGACUACCCCACCAAUGGCUCUGGACAAAGGAGAUGGGUCAAUUUUGCAGGGGCUGAUCAGCCUUCUGAGGGCACUUAUGAGACUUGCAUCCCUUACGAAUAUGCUAUGGAUCCUGUUAAUGAUGUUCUGCUUGCUUAUGAGAUGAAUGAUGUCAAGUUGCCUCCUGAUCAUGGGUAUCCUCUGCGAGUCAUCAUUCCUGGAUAUGUCGGUGGCAGACAAGUCAAAUGGUUGAGCAAGAUUUGGAUCAGCGAGAAGGAGAAUGACAGUCAUUAUCACAUCUGGGACAACCGAGUUUUGCCCUCCUUCGUUACAGAGAAAGAUGGAGAGUUUGCCGAGACGCUCUUCCGUCACCCAGAUACAGCAUGCAAUGAGCAGAACCUCAACUCGGUCAUCGCCAAGCCGGCUCAUGGCGAGCGCAUCGAGCUCUCCGACGUCAAGAAAGGCCACACAUAUCGUAUUGCAGGGUAUGCUUACGAUGGCGGUGGUCACGAAGUACAGAGAGUGGAAGUCAGCCUUGACAACGGCGAGACGUGGCUGUACUGUAUCAGACAGUUUCCGGAAGCGCCUGUCAGGCAUGGACACAAGUACUGGACGUGGAUACACUGGUAUAUCGAUGUUGAGCUUGGUCAUCUGCUCCGAGCCCCGAGCAUUACCGUGCGAUGCUUUAAUGUCUUCAAGAAUACUCAGCCCGAGGUCGGUUCGUGGAACGUCAUGGGCAUGAUGAACAACGGUUGGUACAAGGUAAAGCCCGAGAUUGCUCAAGGCGACAACAACGCCUUGGAAGUGCUCUUCCGCCAUCCUGUAGAGCCGGGAACCAAUACUGGAGGUUGGGUGCAGCCAAGUGCCGACGAGAAAAUCGCCAGCGCAAAGCAAAGUUCAAGCACACCUCAGAAACAAUUCACCAGAGAGGAAAUCGAAAAGCACGACAAGGAAGAUGACUGCUGGAUCGUGGUUGACGGUAACGUAUAUGACGCCACUUCAGUGCUGGACUGGCAUCCGGGUGGUAAAGCUACCAUCACGAACCAUGCUGGUAAACUCAGUCAAGAGACGUCGGAGAGUUUUGAGUCCAUUCAUGAUGGUUAUGCAUACAAGAAGCUCGCAGAGUGCAUUCUCGGAACCGUGACCGACAAGGCCAAAGCACACAUGAAAAAGGAAGCAGAAGAUGCCGCGAAAGCCAAGGCGGAAGCUUCCAACAAAAAGACCGACUUUGUCCUUUCGAUGCAGCAAUGGUACCCCGUAACUCUACUCAAAAAGAAGAAUCUAUCCGAGGACACCCGCUGCUACACCUUCAGUCUAGGCGACAAGACCAAAAAGCUCGGCCUCGGGACCUGUCAACAUCUCCAAAUCGGCUUCCACAUGGCGGACAAAAUGCUCGUGCGCUCCUACACACCCACCCAACCCAUCAUCGGCGCAGACACCGAAGACGGCACCUUCGACCUCGUCAUCAAGACCUACUUCCCCACCGACCAACAACCCGGCGGCGCCCUCUCCAACAUCCUAGACUGCAUGGAAGAAGGCGAAGAAGUCGAGAUCCGCGGUCCCACCGGCGACAUCAAAUAUAUCGGCGACGGCAAAUUCCAAAUCUUCGACCAAGAAGAGCGAUUUGAGAAUAUCACUUUGAUCCUCGGUGGUUCGGGUAUCACUCCUGGAUAUCAACUCAUUGCAAGAGUCCUGGCUACUGCGAGUGACAAGACAAAGAUCAAAGUCAUCGAUGCGAACAAAGAUGAGAAAUCAAUCUUGUUGCGCGAGGAUCUUGAUAAAUUUGCCCAAGAGCAUGAGGAUAAGUUUGAGAUUUGCCAUAUACUCAGUCAUCCUUCAGACGACUGGAAGGGUGAGAAAGGGCAUGUUGAUGAAGACAAGAUCAAGCAGUUUGGAUAUGCGCCUGAGAAGGAGAGUGGGAAGAAGAAUGCGGUAUUUUUGUGUGGACCUCCUGCUAUGAUCCAGAAGGCAGCGAUGCCUGCCUUGAGAAAUUGGGGUUACGAGGAGGGUAAAGAUAUGUUUGGGUUCUAGUUUGUUCUACUCAUGCAUCGUAUUGUUCCGACAAAUUAUCCUGGAUAUACGUUCAGGUCAAACUCACAU